AUGCCGCGCCCGGCGGGAAGGCACCGGGCGGCCGCGGGUUCCGCUUCCGGGCCGGCAUUUUCCCCGCGUCCCGGGCGGGAAAUGGAGGCGCCGCCGAAGCCGGAGGCGGCGGGCGCGGAGCCGGGGCCGGGGGAGGCGCGGCGGGACCCGCGGGUGCGCUGCUGCUCGCGGCGCGGGCUGGGCGCCGUGCUGGAGCUGUGCGCGCCCUUCGUGCGGGCCCUGGCGGAGGGACAGCCCGGCGGGGCCGCCGCCGAGGCGGACGCGAUCUGGAACUUCGAGACAGCGGUGCGGGAGAACGUCACCAUUAACGGGCAGCCCUGGGAGGAGGCCUCGGAUGACUCCCGGCUGCAGAGCGAUUCCAAUAUUAAAAUUCUGGAGGAUCAAUUUGAUGAAUUAAUAGUAGAGACAGCAACUAGGCGUAAACAGUGGCCUAAAAAGAUCCUGGUGCAUGCUAUUGAAACCAUGAAAGCAGAGCAGGAGAUGUUGAAGCUCUACCAGCCUGUGGUAAAACCAGCAGACAUAAGACCUCAGCCUUCUCAAGAUGCUUACAUCGCAGAUCUGAAGCAGGCGGCAGAGGUGGCAUCCAAACAGAUCAGCGAAGCCAUGCAGUGUAUUCCAGCACUCAUAGAAAAAGCAGAAGGUUUUUCCCAAGCAUUGACUAUGCAACCAACCUUGGAACUCUGCAAGCUACGGCAAGAAGUCUUUUCUGGUUUCAAGGUGAAGGAGGAAAACAAUGUCCAAAAUUCAGUACCACCAGGAGAAGUCACACCAACAGGAACUGUUUGCAGUAAAAAUCCUUAUGUUUUGCUGAAAAGAAGAAAAGCUGCAGAUUCCCCCGGGAGAAGGCGCUACCCACUGCGGCGGAGAAAGAUCACUCUCAGUGCAUGAAUUUCUCAUUUUGUGCUUUCACAUUGGAAUCUCAGUUGUACUUUUGUUCCAUGUGUUCCAUCUUUUUUCUUAGAACUCAUCUCCCCUCAGUGCUAUACAUGGGAGCUUCUUUAAUGAGUCCUUGACCUCUUAAAUAUUUCUAUUUUUGC